AUGAUUUCGCCAGUGGACAUUGCUACGAAUGUAGCCCUUUCUGUGGCGAUUCUCUUCCUCUCCCGCUUUUUGUGGAAUUAUCUUCGCUCCCCAUUGAAAUCCUUCCCUGGCCCCGCUAGUGCCGGUUUUACCAACCUCUGGCGAAUGAUAGAUGUGUUUAAGGGACGUUGCGAUAUCACCCAUAACAAGCUGCACCGCAAGUAUGGACCUGCUGUUCGCAUGGGCCCUAAUGUCCUCAGUCUCUCCGACCCGCGUUUGGUCAGCCAAGUGUUCAACACGAAGGACCCAUGGCUAAAGAGCGACAUGUACAAUGUCAAUGAUGUUGUUGUCGGGGGCAUUCGUUUGAAAAAUCUUUUCUCGAGCCAGGAUGAGAAGUGGCACUCGACUUAUAUUCGUCCGAUCAAGAAUCUGUACUCUCUGACUAAGGUGCAAGAUGUCGAGGCAAAUGUGGACAUUACAAUCAAUUUGCUGCUUGAGAAGCUUCGGGCUCGGUUCGUUGGGACUGGCAAACCUUGCGAGAUGACUGAUUGGAUUAACUUCUUUGCCUGGGAUGCAAUGAGCCAGGCCACAUUCUCUCAAGACCUCGGAAUUCUGAAUGCCGGCAGUGACGAUCGAGGGUUCGUCGGAAGAUCAAACAAGACCCUCGAUUACUUUGCCUCGAUCUGCCAAAUCCCCCUUCUAGACAUGAUCUUCGACAAAAACCCAAUCAUGCGCAUUGGACCCCCAACUUUCGUUUGGGCAAACAUCUUCAGCGUUGAACAACUCCAAAAACGCUACCAACAAGGCACCAAAUCAGUGGCUAACACCGACUUCCUCUCCAAAUUCCUCGAAAUCAAACAGAAGAACCCAGAGCUAGUCGACGAUAACACCGUCAUCCUCUACCUCCUCUCAAACGUCCUAGCCGGCAGUGAAUCCACGGGAGCAUACAUGUGCGCAGUAAUCUACCACGUCCUAAAGCACCCAGAUACAUACAAGAAACUACGCGCCGAGCUCCAGGCUGCUAAUCUCCCCCUCCCGGCUAAAUUCAAAGAUAUUCAAGGAAUGAAGUAUCUCGAAGCUGUGAUGAGAGAAUCUAUGCGCAUGCACCCAGGUGUUGGCCUAAUGCUUGAGCGAAUUGUCCCAAAGGGCGGCUUGAGUCUUCCGGAUGGCCGCUUUGUUCCCGAGGGAACGAUUGUCGGAAUGAACCCGUGGGUUAUCAACAAGAGCGAAGAAGUCUUUGGUGAGAAUCCUGAUGACUUCGUCCCUGAGCGCUGGCUUCAAGGGCCUGGUGAAUCGGAUGAGAGUUUCCAGGCGCGUUUCGCGAAGAUGAAGGGUACGGACUUUACGUUCGGUGCUGGGUCGCGUGCUUGUUAUGGGAGGUAUUUGUCGCAGUUCGAGAGCUAUAAGCUUAUUGCGACGCUUUUCAGUACUUUUGAUAUGGAGCUGCCGAGUCAGGAUCAUCAGUGGAAGGUUAUUAACUCGUGGUUUGUGAGACAGGAGAAUAUCCCUGUUCGUCUGAAGGAGCGAACGGAUGAGCAUGUCUCUGUUUAG